UUCAAUUUCUCCCCCCUUUUUCUCUUCUUUCCAAUCUCUUUAUUUUUGCCCUACGUUGUGGGGUUUAGGAUUUUCCCCCCUUCUAAACAAAGUUCUCUGAUGCACUCAAUCUUUCAAAGGGUAUACUUGAUCUGCGUUUUCCUAACGUUUUGCAUUGUUGGGUGUUGCGUUUUGGUAUUUGAAGUUUCUUUGAGAAGUUUCUUCCUUGAGAUUCAACCAUGCCUGCUCUUGUUAAUUUUGGCGGUGAUGAUGAUUUCUAUUAUGGGAGUUCUUUCUAUACAAAUUUCACGGAUUUGGGUAGAUUGUGUUCAAUCAGUUCCCAAGUGGAUGUCUAUUACCCUCCUCGUAAAAGAGCUCGAGUUAUUGCCCCGUUUAUCUUUCAAGAAACUGUGUUUGAGCAGAAGAAGCAACCUUCCAUUGAUGUCCUUCCUGAUGAAUGCCUUUUUGAGAUCUUCAAACGUCUUCCUGGGGGCCGGGAAAGGAGCUCAUGUGCUUGUGUCUCAAAGCACUGGCUUAUGCUUCUGAUCAGUAUUCGCAAGGGCGAAUAUGAGUCAUCAAAGGCUGUCAAGGAGAAUUCUGAUUCAGUUUCUGAUGAUGCUGAGAUGAUCUCAUCUGAUGAAGACGAGGGGUAUCUUACGAGGUGUUUGGAAGGGAAGAAAGUGACCGACAUGAGGCUGGCUGCGGUUGCCGUUGGAACGAGUGGUCAUGGUGGGUUGGGAAAGCUUUCUAUUAGGGGAAGCAGCUCUUCACGUGGAGUAACCAACUUUGGGCUAUCUGCCAUAGCUCGUGGUUGCCCCUCUCUCAAGACGCUUUCAUUGUGGAACUUGCCUCGUGUUGGGGAUGAAGGUCUGUCCGAGAUAGCUAAAGAAUGCCAUUUGUUGGAGAAGCUUGACCUUUGUCAGUGCCCUUCAGUUUCAAACAAGGGUUUGAUUUCAAUUGCAGAGAACUGUCCUAAUUUGACCUCUUUGAGCAUUGAAUCUUGCCCCAAGAUCGGUAACGAGGGCCUCCUAGCUAUCGGAAAUAUUUGCUCUAAGCUGCAGUCAAUCUCUAUCAAGGACUGCCCUCUUGUUGGAGAUCAUGGAGUUUCAAGCCUGUUGUUAUCAACAUCUGCUGUCCUUUCAAAGGUUAAGUUUCAAGGUUUGAACAUCACAGACUUCUCUCUUGCUGUGAUUGGGCAAUAUGGAAAGUUGGUGACAAAUCUAAUGCUUAGCGGCCUACAAAACGUGAGUGAGAAGGGAUUUUGGGUCAUGGGGAAUGCUCAAGGCUUGCAAAAAUUGGUCUCUUUAACGAUUACAUCAUGCCGGGGAGUAACAGAUCUGAGUCUUGAAGCCAUGGGAAAGGGGUGCACAAACCUGAAGCAGAUGUACCUCCGCAAGUGUUGCUUUAUUUCAGAUGAUGGACUGGUGGCUUUUGCCAAGUCCACAGGCUCUCUUGAGUGCCUACAAUUGGAGGAGUGCAACAGGGUCACACAAUCCGGGAUUCUUGGUGUCCUCUCAGACUGUUUAUUAAAAUCUUUGACCAUAGUAAAAUGCAUGGGAAUUAAGGAUAUAUCCUUGGAAGCUCCUUUAUCCUCUUGUGAUUCCCUUAAAUCCUUGUCCGUAAGGAACUGCCCCGGGUUUGGAACAGCCAGCCUUGCUAUAUUGGGCAAAUUGUGCCCUCAGCUUCAGCAUUUAGAUCUGAGUGGGCUUUGUGGGAUCACAGAUGUUGGUCUUCUGCCUCUUCUAGAGAGUUGUGAGGCCGGACUUGUGAAGGUGAAUCUGAGUGGCUGCAUAAAAUUGACCGAUGAAGUUGUUUUGGCCUUGACCAGGCUACAUGGUGGAACCCUUGAGUUGCUCAAUCUCGAUGGUUGCAGGAGGAUUACUGAUGUGAGUUUAGUGGCAAUUGCAGAUAACUGUGUUUUCCUCAGCGAUCUGGAUGUGUCAAGGUCUGCAAUCACUGAUUCUGGUGUUGCUGCCUUAUCUUAUGCGGAGCAACUCAAUUUGCAGGUCCUUUCAUUUUUGGGUUGUUCCGGAGUAUCAAACAAAAGCUUGCCUUUUCUGAAAAAAUUGGGCAAGACCCUGUUGGGGUUAAAUCUUCAGCUCUGCAAUUCAAUCAGCGUUCGAACUAUUGAGCUGCUAGUAGAGACCUUGUGGAGAUGUGACAUCCUUUUCUAAUCGAGGAUACAAGUCUGUUAAGAUCUCGAAACAAAUACACUUGCAACGUUGAAGACGAUAGAACCAUCGAACUCAUAUGGUCAGCUCACAUGGCUGGGUAGCAAACAUUCAGCACAGCUUUUGGGUUCGACGAGGUAGUCAUGCUAGGGAUUUUGGCAGUUUACAGAUGGCUUAACCCAUCCUUUUUGUUUUUUUUGCAGGCUUUCUUGACAGGAGCUAGCCUGUUCUAUAGCCAUGGUUCCUGGUUUUAGGUUUCCACUAAUGAUGACCAUAUCCUUUUUCUUUUUCGUUCGGAACUUCGCUUGACGCCUCCCUUCCCUUCCCUUCCCUACCUGAUGUUUUAGUUAAGCUUCGUCAUGCAUUGCUUGACUAAAGCUUUUCUUUUGUUUUCCAGUCAUGAAAGUCUGUUGCUCUAGAUGAAUCCCAUCUUUAGUUUUAAGCGUGUUUUUGUUUGUUUUUUCAAAGGGUAUGUAGUUACUUUUAUCUGUGUUCUGUAAUGGUUGCUUUGGACGGUUAUAUGUUUGGGUGGUCGCAGAUUGAUGGGCUUUGGCUAUGGUAUGGAGGAGGUUUCACUCAUCCCCCAUUACUACGACCUUAUUUUUUGGGGUUGUUUUUUUUGGUUUUUCCAAGUCAUCGGUCUUGUAAGCCUCCCCUUGUAUAUGAACUGUACGACUGCAAACUUUUAUCUAAGAAGCUUUAAACUUUACUCUCUUUGUAUA